AUGAGCGCGCUGCUGCUGGGCACGGAGCCCGUUACCGAAGUGAAAUUGCACCCUGUGGUGGUGCUGCAGGUGUUGGACCGCUCUCUGCGUCGCGCUGAGGACCAGGAGCGCGUGAUCGGCACGUUGUUGGGCCGCGUGGAGGGCGGCGUGGCUGAGAUCACAAACUCCUUCGCUGUCCCACACCUGGAGAAUGGAGACGAGGUGGCUGUCGGUCGCGACUUCCACACGCACAUGUACGAGCUGCACCAGCGCGUGAACGAGGGCGAAGUGGUCGUAGGAUGGUAUGCUGCGGGCCCGAACCGUCUGGACGACCACUCGGCGCUUAUCCACCAGUUCUACAGCUCGGUCUGCGAGCUGCCCGUGCACCUGGUGCUGGACACCAGUCUUGCUAGUGACAAGCUGGACGUGUCGGCCUAUGUGGCCGCCCCACUCGAGGUCGUGGACACAGCGCUCGUCAACCAAUUCAAGCAGAUUCCAGUGACGCAGAAGCUCUCGGAGCCCGAGGCCAUCGCGCUGAAUGCUAUGGCUCCUAAGGACGGAGAGAACAAGGCCGUGGCUCUCCCUAAGGAGCUCGAAGCUCUGGAGGAGACCAUGGAGCAGCUCUACAAGUGCAUCGACGGUGCCAGCUCGUUCGUGGGCGACGUCGUUGCUGGCAAGCAAACGGCAGACUCCAAGCUCGGACGCGAGAUCGCUGACGCUUUGGCGGCGAUCCCGAUACUGCGUGAGGAACAGUUCGACCAGCUCUUCAACACGGGACUGCAGGACCUACUCAUGGUGUCGUACCUGUCAGGACUCACGCAGGCGCAGCUGUCCAUGGCCGAGAAGCUCAUCAACACCUAA